CACCCUCCAUCUUCCUUCAGACACCACCUUUCUUCUCUCUUUCACAUCUACACAAAUGGCCGACCAAUUGUCCGAGGAGCAGAUUUCUGAGUUCAAGGAGGCUUUCUCCCUCUUCGACAAAGACGGCGAUGGCACAAUCACCACUAAGGAGCUCGGCACUGUCAUGCGCUCGCUCGGCCAGAACCCGACCGAGGCUGAGCUGCAGGACAUGAUCAAUGAAGUCGACGCGGACGGCAACGGCACGAUCGAUUUCCCCGAAUUCCUGACGAUGAUGGCGCGCAAGAUGCGCGACACAGAUUCGGAGGAGGAGAUCAAGGAAGCCUUCAAGGUUUUCGACAAGGACGGAAACGGCUACAUCUCCGCUGCCGAGCUCCGGCACGUCAUGACCAACCUCGGCGAGAAGCUGUCCGACACAGAGGUUGAUGAGAUGAUCCGUGAAGCAGACGUAGACGGCGAUGGUCAGAUCAACUACGAGGAAUUCGUGAAGAUGAUGCUCUCAAAGUAAACAUCGACGCUUGCGCCCUCCUCUCUAGUCUAUCUCUCCCUAGCCUCGUGUGCUUUGCAUUAUCAAGUUAUUUGGAUGGUCCGCAAACUCCGUGUAGUAUGGUAUAUGAAAGAAGUGAAGCCAAACGAACUUGCUAUUUAAUGUUCAUCUAUAAUUUUUCUGGA